CCUGCUGUCAGCUCCAGAUAUGGUAUAAAUUACAGAGACGUCCCAACACGUAUAAAUUCUUCAACUGACCAAGCUGCAGCAACAACAGGGAAACUUCUCAGCCUGGCAGGAGCAGAGAUUUGGAUCCCAGGCAGCAAAACAGCAGUGCUGAGCCUCAGGCAGAGCCUUGGCUGAACCAUGACCGAGGAGCCCGGGCGGAAGGACAGCGAGCUGGGACACGCGCCCUGCAGCAUGGGCUGCGGACACAAGGACGACAAAGCCAGCCUGGCCUCCAGCCAGACAGCAUCUUUCGGCCACCAGCCCCCCUCCACUCCUGCCUCCAAGGAAGUGUGGAAGAAGGGUGGCCGCAUGUUCUCCAUCCUGCUGGCCGUGCACUUGGCCCUGCUGGCCUGCACGCUGGUGAGCAGCGGGGCUUUCGAGAAGAUCGCCGUGCACGACUACGACGUCUUCUUCCUGCUGACAGUCAUGAUGCUGGUUGUCAUCAUCUGGAUCAUCUUCUACCUCGCUGGCACCUCCCGGUGCCCGGGUGCCAUCCUGGGCAAGGACUCCCACGCCGGGCCCAUCUGGCUGAGAGGAGGCCUGAUCCUAUUUGCCAUUUUCAGCCUUGUCAUGGAUGUGUUCAAAAUAGGAUAUUACUCGAGCUUCUACAGCUGCCUGUCUGCAAUCAAAAUCAUCUACCCCAUUGUGCAGGCAAUAUUUGUGGUUGUCCAGACAUAUUUCCUGUGGGUCUCUGCCAAAGACUGCAUCCACGUGCACCUGAACGUUACCAGAUGUGGCUUGAUGCUAACGCUGACUACAAACCUGGCCGUGUGGAUGUCAGCAGUGACAGAUGAGUCUGUCCACAAGGCACAUUCAAAUUCUUCAGGGAGAAGUGUUGCUCCUUGUUUUAAUACCAUGGCACCUGUCUGGUUUUGUCUUGUUUCAGUGGGAAUGAGAAGCAGCUCAGUUGAAGAAUGCAAUUGCAACAGCCAAAUCUGCCAGAUCUUCAAAAAUGGCUACUUUUGGCUGUACCCCUUUAACAUUGAGUACAGUCUCUUUGCCUCUGCCAUGGUCUAUGUCAUGUGGAAGAACGUUGGACGCUUCAUAGACCACCACUCCCACCACAUUCAGCGCCUGAAGUUCAGGCUCUUCCGAAGGACCUUCUUUGUAGGCAUCAUGUUGGGCCUCAUCAUCCUUGUGAGUGGUUUGGGAGUCCUCAUCCUGUACGAGGUGCAGGUAAAUUCCAACACUGAAUCCAGCAAGAAGAGCCAAGCACUCACCAUGUACUAUAUCUUCAACAUUGUUUGUCUGAGCCUGAUGUCUCUUGUCUGCAUCGGUGGCUCCGUCAUCUACCGGUUUGACAAGAGGGACAUGGACCGGCACAAGAACCCCACCAGGACCCUGGACGUGGCCCUGCUCAUGGGGGCAGCCUUGGGGCAGUAUGCCAUUUCCUACUACUCCAUUGUGGCCAUCGUGGCCAGCACGCCGAGAGACACCAUCAGCGCGCUCAACCUCACCUACGCGCUCCUGAUGAUCGCCCAGCACACCUUCCAGAACGUCUUCAUCAUCGAGGGCCUCCACCGGCAGCCCCCCAAGGAGGACUACAAGCACGAGUCUCACCAGAAGGACCUCUACGGGCUCACCUUUGUCAACAUCAACGCAGUGUCCCUGCGGGUGCCCGACACUGGUGGCACCAUGGCCGCCGGCGCGGCAGCUGGCGCGGAAGCCAUGCGUGCUUCUGACCUGGUGAGGUCCCUCGCUGCCCCCAAGAAGAUGAACUGGAGGAGGAAGUUCUUGAGGGAGAUCUCCAUGUUCCUGCUGCUGAGCAAUAUCAUACUCUGGAUCAUGCCGGCGUUUGGUGCCCGGCCCCAGUUUGACAAUGACACAGAACUGAACUUCUAUGGUGAUUCCAUGUGGCCGGCCAUCGUGGACAUUUGCCUGCCCUUUGGGAUCUUCUACCGAAUGCACGCUGUGGCCAGCUUGCUGGAGGUCUACAUCGUGUCCUAAAGAGCCCCCCUGCAAGGAAGAUGAGAUCCUCCUCAAGCAAUCCACCUUCUUCCUACCCCAGGGCUGGGAAGCUGCCCAGAUGUCCCCAGGGGUCUCCAGCACUGCCUGACUCAUGUCCCCUUGCAGUGUUGGGGCAUUUAUGAACUGUCAGUGAAGAUCAUCCAAACAUAGUCCAGAUUUUAUUUUUGCUACUUGUGUGUGGAUGUGCCUGUGUGUGUCUGAAGUUCUUAAAGCUUAAAAGAGAACAGAUAAAAGAAAAGGAAGUUAUCUAGGGUGGGAACAUGGUGAUUGCCCUUGGUUCACACAGAGACUCACCUUCCUUGUAAAGCCUGUUCACUCCAUGCCACGGAUGGACUCUCCAGAGUGUUCUCAGCACCCUCGGGCAGUCAGAACCUCCCUGCACACAGAGAGCUGGAGAGUGCAAGGGGCUGACAAAGGCCUGGAAGGACAGAAAGGGAAACCACUUCACCUCCUCGUAUGGCCAGUCGGAAAUCACUCCCCUGCAGAGAUGUGAAAAACAAACUGGUGACCACCAAAGGCUUUGAGAAACAUUUUAAUCUUUCCUCUCUGUAUUGCCCAUAUUUAUGGGCCCUCUCAACACCUCCCUGUGCCAGCCCAUGCCUUCCUCUCCAGGAAGCUUCACUGCAGCCUCCUCUUCCCAAGGAGUGUGUGGUCCUGGGCUAGCCCUGAUAUGGGAUCGCUCUAGCACACUUUUUGCUCAGCUUUCCUGAAUCAGGGCUCAAGAAUCAUAAAGAUG